GAGAGAACAGGGGAAUACAAUGUAAAAGCCUGGACAUCUGGAAAGGGGAGGGCCUGGAGAACCUUAUCACAUCUGACUGAGCCUCCAAUUACAAUGGAGAACGUGUUAUGCAAUGAGAAGAGAGAGGAAGGAAAACAGAUUGCUUAUCUGAGAGAAAUCCGAGCAGAAGAAAGAGAAAAGUGUCCGAAAUACAGCAGAGAAACCAGCAGCAUUCAGAAUGUCAUUUGAUCCGGACAAGCUCUCUCGACCAGAAAUGUUUGAUUUCCAUGGAGUCUGCAUGACUCACUUUUUCACAGACAACUGGGAGAACAUUCAAAACUUUCAGGCCAGGCCAGAUGAUAUACUUAUUGCAACAUACCCCAAAGCAGGAACCACAUGGGUGUCCUACAUCCUUGACCUGCUGUAUUUUGGUCAGAUAGAGCGUCAGACAUCCAUCCCAAUCUUUGAAAGAGUACCUUUUUUGGAGCUCAUCGUCCCGUCUUUCGGUUCAGGAAAAGACCUGGCAGACAACCUCCUGACUUCUCCUCGACUCAUUAAAACUCACUUUCCAUUCCAGUUUGUGCCAAAGUCCUUUUGGGAGCAAAACUGCAGGAUAGUCUACGUGGCCCGCAAUGCCAAAGACAACAUGGUGUCUUAUUUUCACUUUGAUCGCAUGAACAGGAUUCAGCCAGAGCCGGGAGAAUGGAGCAGCUACAUCCACAGAUUCAUGGAGGGAAAGAUGGUGUUUGGAUCCUGGUAUGACCAUGUGAACGGCUGGUGGAAGAAGAAACAGACUUACUCAAAACUCCAUUACAUGUUCUACGAAGAUCUGAUUGAGGAUACUGGACGGGAAAUAGACAAACUCUGCUCCUUUCUUGGUUUGUCUCCUUCAGUCGAGGAAAAGAAAAGAGUCACAAGUGGAGUGCAGUUUGACAAUAUGAAAAAGGACGACAUGGCCAACUACUCUACGAACUUUGUUAUGGACUUCAAAAUUUCUCCUUUUAUGAGAAAAGGGAAGGUUGGUGACUGGAAGAACCAUUUCACUGUGGCCCAGAGUGAACAGUUUGAUGAAGACUACAAGAAAAAGAUGAAGAAUUCCACACUUCAGUUUCGCACUGAAAUUUAAAGAGGACUGGACAGGCUGUGUAUAUUUGGAGAUGGAUCUAUGACGGACUGGACAUGUGGUGUUUCUGUGAAAAAAUCAAGUUACAGUUGCCUCUAAUGCAGUGAUUCUCAAAGUGGGAUGGGGCCAGGGGCUCCGUGAAAAGUUUUCAGAUUCAUUCAUUUAAAUUAUCAUGAUGUAGGCUAAUUUUUUUUUUUUUUUUCAAAAGGCUUUAGAGUUCUACAAAUACUAUUUCAAUUCUUAAAUCUAUAAUAGUUCAUAGAUUAAUUUCAUAGAUUUAAUAUUUCUUUCAUAACAUGAAAAUGUAGCAUGUAGAAAAAUUAACCAAUGAUGUAAUUGGUCAAAAAUCCUUAAAUAAAAAAAUGUAUAGUAUCCUGUCCACCAUAUUGUCCACAUGUACAGUCUAACUCUUCAGAAGAAUGAAAUGUUAAUGUGUAAUUAAAGAGCAGCUGUAUGACUAAAGAAUUUACACUGAUAUUCUCGAAUGAGAGCAAGACAUUAGUGUGAUCAAUAAAAUAAAUCCAAAUGUUUUUAUUCAUAUCUAUAAUUUUUAUAUUUGCAAUAAAACAACAAGAACUCAUUCAU